GGCCGAGCCGCGCAACAGGCUCCUCCCCCCCCGCCCUAGGCGCGGAUUGGUAGAUCCCGGCCGGCAGCGCCCUCCGCGUCGUGUCCCCGCGCGGCUUCCGUCCUUUCCGCCCGGAGCCGCGCCGGUGCUGCCAUCAUGGCCAAGAUCAAGGCCCGAGACCUGCGGGGCAAGAAGAAGGAGGAGCUGCUGAAGCAGCUGGACGACCUCAAGGUGGAACUGUCGCAGCUGCGCGUGGCCAAGGUGACCGGCGGCGCCGCCUCCAAGCUCUCCAAGAUACGUGUGGUCCGUAAAUCCAUUGCCAGAGUCUUAACUGUUAUCAAUCAGAACCAGAAGGAGAACCUGAGGAAGUUAUGCAACAAAGGCAGAAAGUACAAGCCUCUUGAUCUGCGGCCCAAGAAGACUCGUGCCAUGCGACGCAGACUAAAUAAGCACGAAGAAAACCUGAAGACCAAAAAACAGCAGCGAAAAGAACGCCUGUACCCUGUCCGGAAAUAUGCCAUCAAGGCAUAAAACUGCAGUGUACUGCAGUUCAUAAUAAUAAGUACAUAAUUAUAUUGGCUGAGUAUGUCUCAUUAAAUAGAAUUUUGUUUGGAA